UGGAGUGGGCCAUUUUUUUAAUUUCUUUUUGGUAGCUUCUGAGAACAAUUGGUUUAUCGGUCGCUCAUGCUGCCAGGUUUUCAAACGCUGAAUUCGGGGAAUUCCAGGCAUGGGCUAGCUUCAAAGCACGGUUUCCGGGUGGUUGGUUGAGCUGCCGGGAUUCAUUCCCCGUAUGUGCUGAAUCGUUGAGACGGGUGCAGCAAGCUCUCGGGUGGUGAGUGGUGACCAGAAGUGAUCGCGAUGACGUCCUUGUCACGAACGCUGUCCCGGGCGGGGCUGAUGCAGCAGCCAGGGCCUCGACGCAUCAUGAGGACACAGACCGCUGUGAACCUUGGUGAGCCCAUGUUUGACAGUGAGGUGGUGCCAUCAUCGCUUGUUGAGAUUGCGCCCAUUCUCCGUGUUGCCAAUGAGGUUGAGGGGGCCAACCCCCGCGUCGCCUAUCUCUGUCGUUUCUAUGCAUUCGAAAAGGCUCACAGGUUAGAUCCGACUUCAAGUGGUCGUGGUGUCCGACAAUUCAAGACAGCUCUCUUACAACGGCUUGAAAGGGAGAAUGAGCCCACCUUGAUGGGAAGGGGACAGAAAAGUGACGCACGGGAAAUACAGACAUUCUAUCAACAGUACUACAAGAAAUAUAUUCAAGCACUUCAGAAUGCUUCUGACCAAGUAGAUCGUGCCCAACUAACCAAAGCCUACCAGACUGCUGCUGUUCUAUUUGAAGUUUUAAAAGCAGUUACCCAACAACAUGCUGUUGAAGUUGACCAUGAGAUCUUGGAAGCUGCUGAUAAGGUUAAAGAGAAGACGAAGAUUUAUCUCCCUUUUAAUAUUCUCCCUCUUGAUCCGGAUAGCGGCAAUCAGGCCAUCAUGAAAUUUCCAGAGAUCCAAGCUGCUGCCUCUGCUCUUCGUAAUACCAGGGGUCUUCCAUGGCCCAAAAAUUAUGAGCAUAAAGUGAACGAGGACCUUUUGGACUGGCUGCAAGCUAUGUUUGGCUUUCAGACAGAUAGUGUUUCGAAUCAAAGGGAACAUUUGAUUUUACUUCUUGCUAACAUACAUAUACGAAGAAAUCCGAAGACUGAUCAACAAUCCAAGUUGGAUGACAACGCACUAAAUGAUGUGAUGAAAAGAUUAUUUAAGAAUUACAAGAAGUGGUGCACAUAUCUUGGUCGCAAGAGCAGCCUUUGGUUGCCAACAAUUCAGCAGGAGAUGCAACAACGAAAAUUACUGUAUAUGGGUCUCUACCUUCUCAUCUGGGGUGAAGCUGCAAACUUGCGAUUUAUGCCAGAGUGCAUUUGCUACAUAUAUCACCAUAUGGCAUUUGAGAUGUAUGGUAUGUUAGCUGGAAAUGUGAGUGCCUUGACGGGUGAAUAUGUGAAGCCAGCCUAUGGCGGUGAGAAAGAAGCCUUUCUGAGAAAAGUUGUUACACCAAUAUACCACACCAUAGCAAAGGAAGCUGAAAGGAGCAAAAGAGAGAAAGGAAAUCAUUCUGAGUGGAGAAACUAUGAUGAUCUUAAUGAAUACUUCUGGUCUGCCGACUGCUUUCGGCUGGGUUGGCCUAUGCGAGCUGAUGCUGACUUCUUUUAUCAACCUUCAAACUUAGCUGACGAAAGAAAUGAAACCACAAGAGUAGUCAGACAGAAAGGAAAGGUCAACUUUGUCGAGCUACGUUCAUUUUGGCACAUAUUCAGGAGUUUCGAUAGACUGUGGAGCUUGUUUAUUUUAGCUCUUCAGGUUAUGAUAAUUCUUGCUUGGAAUGGAGGCUCGUUGGCCAAUAUUUUUGAUUAUGUUGUUUUCAAGAAGAUUUUGAGUAUCUUUAUCACUUCAGCUAUACUAAACCUUGGGCAAGCUACACUUGAUAUUAUCUUCAAUUGGAAGGCCAGGAGGACAAUGGAAUUUGCAGUUAAGCUCAGAUAUUUUCUCAAGUUCACAAUGGCAGCCUUGUGGGUGGUAUUACUACCAGUUACAUAUGCUUACACUUGGGAAAAUCCAACUGGAAUUAUUAGAGCCAUCAAAAGUUGGUUCGGAAAUGGACAAAAUCACCCGCCCUUAUUCGUCAUUUCAGUAGUCAUGUAUUUGUCACCGAGUAUGCUUUCUGCUAUUCUUUUUCUUCUUCCAUUUCUCCGCCGGAAACUUGAAAGUUCAGACUUCAAGCUCGUGAGGUUGAUCAUGUGGUGGUCUCAGCCUCGUCUGUUUGUUGGUAGGGGAAUGCAUGAAAGUGCUUUCUCACUUUUCAUGUACACCAUGUUCUGGAUUGCUCUUCUCUUGACAAAGUUUGCAUUUAGCUACUAUGUAGAGAUCAAACCUCUUGUUGAACCCACCAAGGACAUCAUGAAGUCCCCUAUACAUACUUACCGGUGGCAUGAGUUUUUCCCGAGAGAAAAGAGCAACAUUGGUGUUGUUAUUGCACUUUGGGCCCCAAUCAUUCUGGUCUAUUUCAUGGAUACACAAAUUUGGUAUACAAUUUUCUCCACUCUGCUUGGUGGAAUUUAUGGUGCUUUCCAACGACUUGGAGAGAUUCGCACACUGGGAAUGCUACGAUCUCGCUUUGAUUCGAUACCUUUAGCCUUUAACUCAUGUCUAAUCCCUGUUGAAACAUCUGAUGCAAAAAGGAAGAAAGGUCUGAAGUCUUACUUACACAAUCGUUUCAAGGAGAUGGAACAUGCGGACAAGGAGAAUAUAGCUGCAAGGUUUGCACAGAUGUGGAAUGAAAUUGUCACUAGCUUUCGAGAAGAAGACCUUAUAAACAACAGGGAGAAGGAGCUUCUACUCGUCCCAUAUGUGUCUGAUCAGGCCCUUGGUGUCGUGCAAUGGCCUCCAUUUUUACUUGCUAGCAAGAUACCCAUAGCAGUCGCCAUGGCUAAAGAUAGCAACGGCAAAGAUCGAGAUCUGAAAAAGAGGCUUGACAAUGAUUAUUAUUUUUCGUGUGCAAUUGAGGAAUGUUAUAAGUCAUUCAAGAAUAUCAUCAAUGGUCUUGUACAGGGCGAACCGGAGAAAAGGGUCAUAAGUAAAAUAUUUGAAGAAGUUGAUAAAUGCAUUGCUGAGGACAAAGUUAUUACAGAUUUGAAUAUGCGUGCCCUGCCAGAUCUCUACAAUAAGUUUGUUGAGUUGGUAAACUACUUGGAGAAAAAUGAUGAGAAAGACAGAAGUGCUGUAAUAAAGAUUUUUCAAGAUAUGCUGGAGAUUUUAACAAGAGAUAUAUUUGAGGACCAGCUUAGUAUUGUGGAGUCAAAUCAUGGAGGCUCAUAUCGAAGGAACGAGGACACAACCACAUGGGACCAAGAGUACCAGUUAUUUCAGCCUUCUGGGGCUAUCAAAUUUCCCCUAAAAGUCACAGACACAGAUGCUUGGCUAGAAAAGAUAAAAAGGCUGGAACUACUUCUUACUGUGAAAGAAUCUGCUAUGGAUGUUCCUUCAAAUCUAGAAGCCAGAAGGCGUCUUACCUUUUUCACCAACUCCUUAUUUAUGGAUAUGCCUGAUGCACCUAAAGUCCGAAACAUGCUCUCAUUUUCCGCAUUGACUCCGUAUUACAAUGAACCUGUUCUUUUCUCUAUAAAAGAACUUGAGGAGGAAAACGAAGAUGGAGUUUCCACCCUAUUCUACCUACAAAAAAUUUAUCCAGAUGAAUGGAAAAACUUUCAGGAAAGGGUUGGUUGGGAGGAAGAACUUAAAGAGAGUGAAGAACUUAUGGAGGAGCUUCGUCUAUGGGCUUCGUACAGAGGUCAAACACUAGCUCGAACAGUUAGAGGCAUGAUGUACUACCGGAAAGCUUUGAUUCUUGAAGCAUUUUUAGAUAUGGCCAAACGUGAAGAUCUCAUGGAAGGGUACAAAGCAGCUGAGUCUGUAACUGAUGAACAGUGGAAGAUACACCAGAGAUCCUUAUUUGCUCAAUGCGAAGCAGUGGCUGACAUGAAGUUCACCUAUGUGGUUUCAUGCCAGCAAUAUGGAAAUGAUAAGCGUGCUGCUCUUUCUAGUGCCCAAGACAUAUUGCAGCUGAUGAGGAACUACUCUUCUCUCCGUGUAGCAUAUAUUGAUGAGGUGGAAGAAGUAGGAGACAAGAAAAUGGAGACAGCUUAUUAUUCCACUUUGGUAAAGGUUGCUCUAACUAAGGAUUCGGAAUCUGUAGAUCCAGUACAAAAUCUUGAUCAGGUCAUAUAUCGGAUAAAACUUCCAGGCCCUGCAAUGUUGGGAGAAGGAAAGCCUGAAAAUCAAAAUCAUGCGAUAAUUUUCACCCGUGGUGAAGGGUUGCAGACCAUAGAUAUGAACCAGGAUAACUAUAUGGAAGAAGCUCUUAAAAUGAGAAACCUGCUCCAAGAGUUCCUUAAAGAGCAUGGAGUGCGGCGUCCAUCUAUACUUGGAGUUAGAGAGCAUAUUUUUACUGGCAGUGUAUCUUCCCUUGCGUGGUUUAUGUCAAAUCAGGAGCACAGUUUUGUGACUAUCGGGCAGCGUCUGCUUGCAAACCCUCUGAAGGUCCGCUUCCACUAUGGGCAUCCUGAUGUAUUUGAUAGGCUUUUCCAUCUAACAAGGGGUGGUGUCAGUAAGGCAUCAAAAAGUAUCAACUUAAGUGAAGAUAUUUUUGCAGGCUAUAACUCAACUCUUCGUGGAGGCAAUGUAACACACCAUGAAUAUGUGCAAGUUGGUAAAGGAAGAGAUGUCGGACUAAAUCAGAUCUCUAAGUUUGAGGCUAAAGUGGCAAAUGGAAAUGGUGAGCAGACUCUUAGCCGUGAUAUCUACCGGCUUGGGCACCGCUUUGAUUUCUUCAGGAUGCUAUCGUGCUACUUCACAACCGUGGGUUUUUAUUUUAGUACACUGUUGACGGUUGUCACAGUUUAUGUAUUUCUGUAUGGGCGCCUUUAUCUUGCUCUUAGUGGACUUGAAGUGGGGCUAUCACAUGGAAGAUUCAUUCAUAACCAUCCUCUUCAAGUUGCUCUUGCCUCACAGUCUCUUGUUCAGCUUGGUUUUCUGAUGGCUCUUCCCAUGAUGAUGGAAAUUGGUCUCGAAAGAGGAUUUGGGAAGGCACUAAGUGAAUUUAUCAUGAUGAAUUUGCAAUUGGCUGCUGUGUUUUUUACAUUUUCCCUAGGCACUAAGACUCACUACUAUGGAAGAAUGUUGCUUCAUGGAGGUGCUCAGUACAGAGGUACUGGUAGAGGAUUUGUUGUCUUUCACGCCAAGUUCGCAGAGAACUAUAGACUUUAUUCUCGCAGCCACUUUGUUAAAGGGAUUGAGCUGAUGAUUCUGCUCAUCAUAUACCAAUUAUUUGGUCAAUCUUAUCGCUCAACCAUUGCAUAUAUUUUUAUUACCUUCUGUAUGUGGUUCCUAGUGUUGACAUGGCUAUUUGCACCCUUCCUUUUCAACCCCUCGGGAUUUGAGUGGGCAAAAAUCGUUGAUGAUUGGUCUGAUUGGAAUAAGUGGAUCAGCAAUCGUGGUGGGAUCGGUGUGUCCCCAGACAAGAGCUGGGAAUCUUGGUGGGAAAUGGAGCAAGAGCAUUUGAAGUAUUCAGGAACAAUAGGAAUUUUUCUUGAGAUAAUUUUGGCUGUGCGGUUUUUCAUAUACCAGUAUGGCCUUAUUUACCACUUGCAUAUCACAGGCAACAACAAAAGUAUCUUGGUAUAUUUAAUCUCAUGGCUUGUAAUUGUGGUGGUUCUGCUUGUUAUGAAGACAGUGUCCGUGGGAAGGCAGAGAUUCAGUGCAGAUUUCCAGCUAUUCUUCCGUCUGAUCAAAUUUUUGAUAUUUGUUUCUUUCACCGCUGUUUUGAUUGUCUUGAUAGUAUUGUUUCAGAUGACCUUGCAAGAUAUAUUUGUGUGCUUUCUGGCAUUCUUGCCCACUGGAUGGGGGAUACUACUGAUUGCACAAGCUUGCAAGCCUCUUGCUCGACAGGUAGGAUUAUGGGGAUCUGUUCGUGCCCUAGCGCGGGCCUAUGAAAUAAUUAUGGGGGUGCUUCUCUUCACGCCAAUUACUAUUUUCGCAUGGUUUCCCUUUGUGUCUGAGUUCCAGACGCGGAUGCUAUUUAAUCAAGCCUUCAGUAGAGGACUGCAAAUUUCCCGAAUUCUUGGUGGUCAAAAGAAGGAACGGUCGUCUCGUAACAAAGACUGAUUUAGUCUUUCUGUAUAUUCUUGCUUGUAUUCCAACAUGCACUGGCUGUAAAUAUUCGUCAUGGGUAUAGUGUAUUUUUAUUAUCGUAAUAUCAGAUCAAGGUGUCAUGUUGUAUCCCCUUCUUCCUCCUCACACCCAAUUCCCCUCAACUUAUGUGUAACUUUUCCAUGUUGCCACAGUAUUGUACAUACAUUGAGUAAAUUUCAGAAACCUU